GCUUUCAAUGUGUAAUGUCUUCGCAAUCAUAACAAUACUAACCAUUCAUUGAGAGAUUCAGUGAUUUGUUUACAAAAAUGUAUUUUCACUUGAAUUAGCAUUUAGUGGUCAUAUCGUAGUGAAUGUCAAUCACGACAACAAUGUGUUGUAGACAUCGGUUGCACUCAUCACUAAAUUCAGUGUUCAUUUGAAACCAAUAUUAAUAUUAACCCAAAAAUCAAAACCCAAACCAAAAACGAGUGAUAAUUACAUUGAAUUGCAUUUCAAUCGACGACUCAUUUAAUGGUCAGAAGUAUUGCGUUGACUCUCAAAGAGACUAAGAUUUGAAAGACAUUCACUGAUCACGUGAUACCAAAAGACUGUUUGAAUGGUGUGUUGGCUGAGGAGGAAUGGGAUCAAUAUUAGGCAAACGGAUGCAAUCGCUGAUCGAUUUGAUCGCAAACUACAAGACAUUACAUAUCGUGAUGUUGGGCUUGGAUUCAGCCGGCAAGACGACAGCCCUCUAUAGACUCAAGUUUGACCAGUACUUGAAUACCGUUCCCACCAUUGGAUUCAACUGCGAGAAAGUCAAACUCAAUGGAAAGACUAAAGGCACGUCGUUUCUGAUUUGGGACAUCGGAGGUCAGGACAAACUGCGACCGCUGUGGAGGUCGUACACCCGGUGC